CACAGCUGAAAACCAAUUGAAUGUAAUUUGCCUCAACAAGGAACACCCCAAAGUCAUUACCGACACUUGCAGUUUCCCUUUCCAAUUCGAUCCUCUCCUCCAGACAGGAACAGGUGACGCGAGAGGAUUUACUUCGCCCAAAAUCUCCCCAGCGAGUCACGUGAUAAGCUGCAGCGGGUCAUAUGACUGAAGGGAAAGUUUCUUCUGAUUGUACAAAAUCGCAGAGGACAAGGAACAAACCCGUAUCGCAGGUGCAUCGCAGUUUGGGGAAGUAUAGCUUAACGUUUUAUAUUUGUUCUUAUACGUAGACUCAAGUUCCUUGUUAGUUAUUAUCGUAGAUUCAAAUCUCUGCGUAGUGCUGUAAACAGGAGCGUGGUGUGACGCGAUGAAGGUGAGCGGUGUGUUGUUGUGUGUGUUCCUGCUCUGGGUGGAGGGCUCCCAGGCUGAUACCCCGGCCAACUGCACAUAUGAAGACCUGUUGGGCACCUGGGUGUUCCAAGUAUCGAAGGGGGGACAAGACAAAGGCAUCAACUGCUCCAUGAUGGACACCAUUGAUAAGUCGAUAACGGUGCGCCUGGAGAAGCUGUCUGUGGCGGUGGACGACCUGGGGAACACGGGAUUCUUCACCCUCAUCUACAAUCAGGGCUUUGAGGUUGUCCUCAACGACUACAAGUGGUUUGGCUUCUUCAAGUACUCUGAGCAGGGCUCUGAGGUGACCAGCUACUGUGACCAGACUCUGCCAGGCUGGGUCCAUGAUUCUCUGGGAAACAACUGGGCCUGCUUCACUGCCAAGAGGGUUGUCCCAACACCCCCUCGCUCCAUAGACACACACCGCUACCAUCCCAAUGACCUGUUCCUCCAGAGGUCCUACAAACACAACCUGGACUUCAUUGACUCCAUCAACAUGGCUCAGAGCUCCUGGAAAGCCAUGGCCUACAGCGAACAUGAGACCUACACUCUGCAGCAGCUAAUGCACAGAGCCGGGGGACCAGCUUCACACAUCCCCAGACGUGUUGGCCCCGCCCCUGUGACAUCAACGCUAGCCAAGAUGGCGGCCGGCCUCCCUGAGCGCUGGGACUGGAGAGAUGUCAACGGAGUCAACUACCUCAGUCCUGUCCGCAACCAGGCUUCGUGUGGUAGCUGCUAUUCCUUUGCCUUAAUGGGAAUGUUGGAGGCUCGUGUCCGGCUCCAAACCAACAACACCGAGACUCCCAUCUUCAGCCCACAGCAGGUCGUGUCCUGCUCCCAGUACUCCCAAGGUUGUGACGGUGGUUUCCCCUACCUCAUUGGGAAGUACGUCCAGGACUUUGGGAUCGUGGAAGAGUCGUGUUAUCCGUACGCUGGGACAGAUUCCCCGUGUGACGUUCCCGAUGGCUGUCUCCGCCACUACACUUCGGACUACAGCUACGUCGGAGGGUUCUACGGAGGCUGCAGCGAGUCUGCCAUGAUGCUGGAACUGGUCAAGAACGGACCCAUGGGGGUGGCCUUUGAGGUGUAUCCUGACUUCAUGCACUACAAGGAGGGUAUCUACCACCACACGGGCCUCCAUGACUCCUACAACCCGUUUGAGCUGACCAACCACGCGGUGCUGCUGGUGGGCUACGGCCAAUGUCACGUCACGGGUCAGAAGUUCUGGGUGGUGAAGAACAGCUGGGGGACGAAGUGGGGCGAGGAGGGCUUCUUCAGGGUCAGACGGGGGUCUGACGAGUGUGCCAUCGAGAGCAUCGCUGUGGCAGCCAAGCCCAUCCCUAAACUGUAGAGGGUCUACGGGGGUGGGAGGGAAAGGGUUCAUCUUUAGGCAUUUUCCCAAUUGGAACCUAGCCUGAAGUCUACAAUUGCAUAUAAAUGUGGUAUUUUGAAAUGGCUGGGACGUUGUCAGAGUUGGUGACUGUAAAAGUGUUCCCCACGCUUGCUAGACAGUCUGAUCCUUGCCAGUCAGAUGCAAUUUUGUGAAUGAUGCCAAAAGGGAACCUGCUAUAAUUCCCUGUAACUGGGAUUUGUAGUUUUAUUAGUAUUUUGUAGUUAGUCUGGUGAUUGAUAGGAGGGCAGAGAACCUCUACUCUUUAUCUGUAAUCUCAGGGGAGACUGUCCUGUGAUCUUAAAUAUAUUCCUUGUUGCAAGUCAUCUCUGUACUGUCCUCUCUUAUCUCUGCUGAUGCUGUAAAUUGGAGUCUCCUGGGAAUGUUCAAAGGGACUGGCUCAUGCUGUUGGAAGGGAUGCAGUAUGAUUCAAUGUUGCCUUUCAUUAGAAAUGUCAGUUUUCCAAUAAGAUCACAUCAUGCAUGUUCAGAUUUUGUUUGCCUUUUUUUAGAAUUUGAAAAAAUAAAGUUUUAGAAAUAU